GGCGGCGUUGUUUGUAUAUGUUGUCCAAAAGCUUUGAACUUUGAAUUGCAAGCGAUCGACCAGAAAUUUCGUCCAGCAAAAUGGCUACCACAGAUUCUAUAUCAGUGUUCGCAGAGGGGACAUUCGAAGAACAGACACAAGAGCUAGUGCAGUAUGCUACUCGAAGUAGCACGGAGGAUGAACGUGCUGCGUUGUUGCAAUCUUUCCGAGAUAUCGUCAAGACAGAUGAUGGGGCCGAACCCAUUGAAAAAGAUGAGGAAAGAAGACGGUGUGUAUUGAUUUUUGUGCUGGAUCAGACAAAAGGUUUGGGCGAUGGAUCAGAGCAAGAGAUCGAGGGCUAUUUCAAUCUUCUCUUCUCCCACCUACUGGCACUAUGGCCGGCCGACUCACCAGAAACCAAACUUCAUAUCUCAUCUCUCUUGAGUGUUCUUUCCUCAUCACCUUCCGACCAUCCAUCAGUGAAGUACCGCGUCAUAUCAAAUUUGUUCAACGCUACUCCUCGUAAUUCAGCUCUCCGCCUACCUAUUUACACCGCGUUACUAGAAGUCGCCGCUGCAAAUGGACAACUCGAAACCUUGCGCCUAUCCAGAAAAGAUGUCGAGCAGUGGCUACAAGAAUGGAAUAUUUCUAGCGAAGAGCGCACUCAGUUCCUCAAGUCCAUUGUCGAUGCAUUCACAAAAUCUAGCCAGCCGGAAACCGCUUAUCAGUACACGCUUUCCUAUCUUUCUUCAUUGCCAACGUCGCACGAUGGUCAAUCCGCAGCUAUCGAUGCCAUAGCCUUAGCACUGCGCUUACCCUCCUUGUUUGACUUGGAUCCAUUGUUCAAGCUGGAUGUUGUUGUAGCAGCAAAAGAUCACGAGCUUUUUUCGCUUCUCCAGGUAUUUUUGAAUGGCGGCCUACCAGAAUUCCGUUCAUGGCUCGAAAGUCAUCCUAGUGUUCCCGAAAAAUAUGAACUUGACCCGUCACAGCUGGAGCGGAAGAUUCGACUUCUGUCAUUUGCGUCACUGGGUUUUACACACGUCGGGCACGAUCUGCCGUAUUCAGAGAUCGCGUCAACACUUCAAAUUGAAUUGAGCCAAGUAGAGAAGUGGGCGAUUGAUGUAAUCCGUACCGGUCUUCUUUCGGGAAAGCUCUCGCAGACUACCCAAUCCCUACACGUUUACCGCUCGUCAGCGCGCACGUUCGAGCGAGAGCAAUGGGAGGCACUGGAGAAGCGUCUUGUUGCGUGGAAGGCGGGGCUAGCGAGCGUGCUGGAGGUGGUUACUAGCGCACAGAAGCGCAAUAGCGGUUCAGGUGUCAGCGAGGUCGUGCAGCAAGUCGCGCAGACGGGCGAGAGCGUUCAAGUUGAUGCUGCGUAGCCUUAGAUCUGUACUCACAGUCAUCCAAUUUUGAUUACUUGCGAGCUGGCCAAAUUUGCGGGACAACCGUUUGAGCGAUACAUGCAUACACACUUGCAGUUGGCUCGCAUCUUUUCUCG